CACGCGCGGCGACGGCGGCGACGGCGGCGGCGCGAGAUGGUGGCAAGGUUGGCGCGUUUCGUGCUGCUGCUGCUCGGGCUCGCAGCGCAUGGGCCCGCGCUCGCAGGUGCCGCCAAGAUGAAGGUGGUGGAGGAGCCCAACACGUUCGGGCUCAACAACCCGUUCCUACCCCAGACCAGUCGCCUCCAGCCCAGGAGGGAUCCUUCUCCCGUGUCUGGGCCCGUGCAUCUCUCCAGACUUUCUGGCAAGUGCUUCAGCCUGGUGGAGUCCACGUACAAGUACGAGCUCUGCCCGUUCCACAACGUGACGCAGCACGAGCAGACCUUCCGCUGGAAUGCCUACAGUGGGAUCCUCGGCAUCUGGCACGAGUGGGAAAUCGCCAACAACACCUUCAGGGGCAUGUGGAUGAGGGACGGUGACUCCUGCCACUCCCGGAGCCGGCAGAGCAAGGUUUCCCACCAGGUGGAGCUCACCUGUGGCAAAACCAACCGGUUGGCCCACGUGUCUGAGCCAAGCACCUGUGUCUACGCACUGACGUUCGAGACGCCCCUCGUCUGCCACCCCCACUCCUUGUUAGUGUACCCGGCCCUGCCCAUGGCCCUGCAGCAGAGGUGGGACCGGGUGGAACAGGACCUGGCGGAUGAGCUGAUCACAUCCCAGGGCUACGAGAAGUUGCUCAGGGCGAUCUUUGAGGAUGCUGGUUAUUUAAAGACCCCAGAACAAAGUGAAUCAGUGCAGCAGGAAGGAGGUGCCAAGGGCCUGGUGUUUCAGACGCUGGAGAGCUGUAACAAGGCACAUAAAGCCCUGUCAAAGGAGAUCAAAAGACUUAAAAGCAUACUGACCCAGCACGGCCUCCCCUACGUGAAGCCUGCAGAAACUUCCAGCUCUGAACACUUGGGUCCCAGGACACCCACAGACAAGACAGCAGAGCUGCUACGAGGCGACCCUGGACUGCGUGGGAACACCUUGUGAUCUGGGGCGACAGGACUCAGCCAGAGGACACCUUCCUGUUCCUUCUGUGCCAGCAGGUUGUGCGCAAAGAUGCAGACAAAAUAAAGAUCCAAAGUUUUAAUUAA